UAUGGCGACCAAACAAAUCAACAGUAAACAACAAUUAACCAUUUUAUUGGGAUCAAAAUAAAAGUCUCUGUCGAAAAACAAAUCUCAUUUCUAAUAAAUUUUUAGACAACCCAACGAUUCAAUUCAAUUCUGUUCAUCAAAUUUUUUAUAAAUUUUUGUUUCUUUUCAUUUUUUUUCAUUAGAUCUCUGUUCAAUACGAAUCUUGAUUUAUUCGGGAAUUUUAGCAGUACCCUUUGCUAUAAGAUUGAAUUUUGCUUGUUGGGUGUGUGUUAUUUUCUUGAUUAUGGAAAAAAAAGUUGUGGUGGCGGUUGUGUGUGUAGCCGCCGUGGCGGGCGGAGCAGCAGCUGCAAUGGUGAUAAGGCAGAAGAUGAAGAAGGAUAGCAAGUGGGCUAAGGCGAUGGAGAUAGUUAAGGAGCUGGAGGAGAAAUGUGCCACGCCUAUUCCUAAGCUGAGACAGGUGGCGGAUGCCAUGGUGGUUGAGAUGCAUGCUGGUCUUGCUUCUGAAGGUGGCAGUAAAUUGAAGAUGCUUAUUAGCUAUGUUGAUAAUUUGCCUUCCGGUGAUGAGAAUGGAUAUUAUUACGCGUUGGAUCUUGGUGGAACGAACUUUCGUGUGAUGCGGGUGCAUCUUGGGGGGAGGGAAGGUGGUCUUCUUAAUCAAGAAUUUAGUGAGGUGCCUAUUCCUUCGGAUUUGAUGACCGGGACUUCAGAUGAACUGUUCGAUUAUAUUGCAGCCGAACUUGUGAAAUUUAUUUCUCAAGAAAGUGAAGAGUUUCAUCCUCCUCCUGGAAGAAAGAGGGAAUUGGGUUUUACCUUUUCAUUUCCGGUUACGCAAACAUCCAUUUCUUCUGGUAACCUUGUUAGAUGGACAAAAGGCUUCUCUAUAGAUGACGCAGUUGGCCAAGAUGUGGUGGCCAAAUUGACAUCAUCCAUGGAAAGAAAAGGUGUUGAUAUGCAUGUUUCUGCUCUGGUCAAUGAUACGGUUGGAACCCUAGCUGGAGGCAAAUACUUCAACAGGGAUGUCGUUGCUGCUGUAAUCUUAGGGACUGGGACAAAUGCUGCUUAUGUAGAGCGUGCACAAGCAAUCCCAAAGUGGCACGGUGCCUUACCUCCAUCUGGCGAGAUGGUUAUCAACAUGGAAUGGGGUAACUUCAGGUCAUCACAUCUUCCACUAACUGAGUAUGACCUUGCACUGGACUCUGAAAGUUUAAAUCCUGGUGAACAGAUCUUUGAGAAGAUUAUUUCUGGUAUGUACUUGGGGGAAAUUGUACGCAGAGUUCUACUAAGGAUGGCCGAAGAAGCUGCUUUUUUCGGCGAUGUUGUUCCACCAAAACUCAGAUUACCCUUCAUUUUGAGAACUCCUGAUACGUCAGCAAUGCAUCAUGACACGUCCUCUGAUCUUAAAGUGGUGGGGAAUAAAUUGAAGGAUAUUUUAGAGAUAUCUAAUACCUCCUUGAAAACAAGAAAAGUUGUUGUUGAGGUAUGCAACAUUUUUGCCACACGUGGAGCUCGACUCGCAGCUGCUGGAAUCUUGGGGAUCCUAAAGAAAAUGGGGAAGGAUACCGUAAAAGAAGGGGAUCAACAGAAGACGGUUAUCGCCAUGGAUGGAGGAUUAUACGAGCAUUACGGUGAAUAUAGCAAGUGUAUGGAGAAUACUCUUAACGAGAUGCUCGGCCAGGAAGUAUCGAACAACAUCGACAUAAUACACUCAAAUGACGGAUCUGGCAUUGGAGCAGCUCUUCUCGCUGCAUCGCAUUCUCAGUAUCUUUAGAUGUCAUCAUAGCGAUGGUAAACCAACCUAUGUGCUUCUUUUUUCCCAUUUUUUAUUUCUCCAUCGCAACCUGUUGGCGCACUUUUCAUUCUCUGAUAAAGUAAUCUUCAAAGUUUUUCUUCUUUACCGCCAUUUUUUGCUCGCUUUAGAAGAAUAUUCUGAUAAUACUUGAAUCGUACCUUCUGGAAAAUCUAGUAGAGGUGGAUUAAACAUGUAGCAGGACCAGGAAGCGGCCAUUAUUUUCUGCUUCGGCCUGAGUCUUUCCGAUUCCUUUAGGUGGCAAUAAUAAAAUGGUGGAUUUUUCGCA